AUGAGUGAUUUUAUGAGACAACGACAAUCGCAAUUUAUCCUAACAAGUGAUGAAACAAUUAGCCGUUUGAUUCUUAAAGCAACUGAUCAACAUAUAAAAGAAAAACAACGAAUUAUUGAAGGCAAUGAUAGUGAAGUUUAUGAUGUAAAACUAAACAAUGAUGAACAUGUUAUUUUAAAAGUACGCCGGUUUGGUGAUGUUCUUUAUGAUCAAGAAGCCUGGGCAAUAAAUGAAUGUCGUAAAAAUGCUGUACCUGUACCACAAGUAUUAUUUUUAGGAAAAGAAUUGAUUGACAAUGAAAUGCGAGAUGUUAUGGUUUUAGAAAAAGUGAAAGGAAGAUCAUUCCGAAAAGUAAUUGAAGAACAAAAUAUAAGUGAAAAUGAUGUUGCACGAGUUUUAGAACAAGCUGGAAGCAUAUUAAAAAAAAUACAUUCAGUCAAAGUUAAUGGUUAUUGGCGUUUGAAUCAUGAUAAUCAAUGGGAUUUUGAUUCUUGGACUGAUUAUAUGAGGUCAACAAUUAAGGACAGAAUUGAAGACAAACAAUAUCUGUUGGAUGUUGGUUUUAGUGAAGAAGAUUUUGAUUUCAUAAUGAAAUGUCAUGACCUAUAUAUGAAUAACUAUGAAUGUCACCAACCAGUCCUAUGUCAUGGUGAUUACACACAUGAACAUUGGUUUGUAGAUGAAAGUUUGAAUAUAACAGGUAUUAUUGACUUUGGUGAUAUGCAAGGUGGACCUGUGACGACAGAUUUUGCCAUUUUUCAAAAGGAUGAGCCAAAAUCAGAUUUGAGUUCAUUAAUAAAAGGUUAUAAUGGCAUGAUUGAUGCUUCAAUUGACGAAAAUUUUGGUCAACAACUAGAUCUUCAUACAUUAAUUAUAUCAGUUGGCUAUUUAACAUACUUUAUAAAACAAAAUAAUAUAGAGGAGGUUAAACAAACUCUUGAUUCGGUUCAAAAAGUAAUCAUCAAUUUGAAAAAACAAUAUUUUUAG